AGGAGAAACCCGUCUAAUGUGUUGAUGCAACAAUUUUAAUUACCUUAAAAUUUCUUAUAUUUCUGUGCGUAAACUGCAAUUUCGGUCUAUUCGUUUAUAUUCAAAUGAACCUUGAUGACUGGUUGACGGUUUUGUCAUAUAAACUCACUUGUGCGCCUUAAUGGGAUCAGAUAACUGUCCUACUCUCGCACUUUAGGAUUUUUUUUAAUCUUGUGUGGCGAAGACUCGUCAGAUAAUGUCUGGACCAAAUGGAGAUCCCAACAUCACUAUCGAUGAUAGAAUAAUCGAUGACGAAGACGAAUUCAGUGAAGAAGAGUAUGCAGCUAUAAACACUAUGCUGGAUGAAAUCAAUUCCUGUUUGGAUGACCUGGAGCAACGCAAUGACACACUGAAUGGCAAACUCCAUGAGCUCCUGGAAUCCAACCGUCAGGCUCGACAGGAGUUCAGGGCUCAGUGUAACAAAGGAACAGAAGACCAACAGCAGCCACCGCCACCACCACCAAAUGCAGAUCAGUCACCUACUGUAGAAUAAUAGGAAGGGAACUGACAGAUAACGUUUAACAUCCAUCUCCAGGCUGAUGCUUCCCUUCUGACAUAGAUUCCUCUAGGAAUUAUUGUGUAUUUAUUAUUAGGUUCACCCUUAUGGGGUAAAUAUUACCAAUACCUACUGUGCUUUCUACCUACUGUUACACUCAUAAAUAAUUCAGAUUGGAUGGGCGUUGCACACAUUAGGCUAAAUAUUGUACAUAUUGGCAAGCUGUAGUACACUAAUGUAUGUCAUAAAUGUUUUGUCAGUGCCCUCUACAAAGGGAGAUCUUUUUCGUGUUAUGAUAUGUCCCCCACAAAUUCACGUUUGUAAUUUCCUGUAAGAGCAUGCUAUGUACAUUUUUGAUUUUUGGCACUGGCCCAACAGCUCAUCUUUGAGAAGUUUAGACUUUACUUUUUUUCUGCAACCUGUUCCAGGCCUUUGCAGUGCACUGUAAAGAUACAUCGGAUCAUGACCAAAUACUGAAGUAUGUACAUUUUGUUGAGGAGUAACGAUUUAAGCUGCAACCUGUCAGUGGUAUUCUGAGAAGCAAGAUCAUAACCUUGUUCUGAUGCGUGCUUCUCAGAUCUUUGUGAUGUAUCAUUAGCACUGUUGUCUUCUAAAUAUAUUACCUGAAAAUCUGUAAUAAAAAAAAGGAAAAAAAAUGG